UCACAACAUUCUCAAAGUGAGAAUACGAUAAAUAUACUUGUCAAAUCGGUCUAUGAUGGUUGGAAUUAAAGGAUUAGUACUUUUGGCAUUUGGUGGAUCUAUUGGUAUGACAUUCAUCAUACUUGCUUGUGCUUUACCCUCAAAUAAAGUAUGGUGGCCAUUUUUUGUUGUAUUAUUUUAUGUAUUAUCACCAAUUCCAACUAUGAUUGCACGUCGCAACAUAAAUUAUUUUGAAAAUACCCCUAAUCCAUGUUUGGAAUUGGCAAUAUUUAUUACUAUGGGUUUUGUUGUGUCAUCUUUUGGUCUUCCUAUUGUCUUAGCACGGUCUCCAAUGAAUGAUCCAGUGAUACAAUGGAGUGCCUGUUACUUGACUUUAGCAGGUAAUAUUAUUGUGUAUCUAACUCUAAUUGGAUUAUUUGUAGCCGAUCAGUACGAACUCGAAUAUAAUACAUGUUAAAAUGCUGUACUUCAU